UUACAACGUGUCUUACAGUUUAAUUGACUGCUUGUACCACACAAAACUGUAUUGAACGACUAGGCUGUAUUGAUCUGUUCUCUAAGAAUUUUUAAGCUUGAUGAUGUUUUCUUAUGGUUUUCUCAUGUUUCUUAUGUUCUUCAGCUUGUGGUUUCUUAGGUUUCUUAGGUUUCUCGGCUCGGCUCAUAUUCGGGCUGGCACGGCUAAAAAUGCGGUUCCUCGUAGACCCUAUUGUGGGACGUAUAUUUCCAUCUUUUCCGCUUUUUGGAAUAGAAAUCUUUUUCUUUCGAUUUAUUCAAAAACACUAAAAAGUUCUAGAUUUUUUUCUCUACAAAAUAAGCCUAUGUGAGAUACGAUUAAGGUAGGUAGGUAAGACUCUUACCUACCCAUUUUGUUUUUAAUAAAUUUAAUUUUAUGAUUUUUAUCUAUUUUUUAUGAUAUUUUAUCGUUCUUGAUUUUACUCGUUCUUGCUUCACCGUUCUGCUGAUAUUUUUACCUUUUUCUGUCUUGUCAGGGUGUUUCAUCAAGAUUUCAGCCACGAUUGACCAAUCGCCGCAAAAGGUUUCUUCGGAGAGCCAGAGGCGACUGUUCUGUAAAUCUAAAAUGCCAGUGGAUCAAGAAGAGGAAAACACGGAAUCACAACAGGAGCGCAGCAGAAAACGGCGUAAACGCAAGGCCAAGAGCGAUCAGCGGGAUGAUCCCAUGGAUGCUUGGUUUUGGUCAAAUGCCAGUACUUCCAGCCUCGAAAGCCACUUUCAGCAAAUGUUGUGCACGAUUUGGCAGCGAACCUAUGGGUUAACUGCUUUAUGUCCUAUGCCAUUUAUUCCGACACAACAGAGAUGCUCAUCAACGGGAUCGCUGCAGCAGCCCUACCUCCGUGAUAGUUUCAGGAUUACUGAAGAAAAUCUGAACUCCGUGAAGAGUGAGGUGGGACAAAUGGAUCCCGAAGAAUGGCGAUCGUUAACAAAUUACACGGAUCUGGCAUCGCUCCUGCGUUAUGAUGUCAAAAACAAUCAAGACCUCGAGCUGGGCACCAAUGCUUGGCUGAAAUUUUGGAAUAUUCUUCACGAAUAUCCUGAAUUAACAAAAUCAGACGGAACGGCAACAUUUUCUUCCCUGCAUUUAUGCGAAGCGCCCGGCGCUUUCGUAUCCGCACUCAAUCAUUUUCUCAGCUGCAAACUGCCCGAAAUUCAUAAAUCUUGGAAGUGGUUAGCGUCGAGUUUGUCACCUUACGACACGGUGGUGAACAAGGAGGCGAUUGUGGAGGACACACUUAUACGAUGCACGAAGCAUAACUGGCAUUUCGGAGCAGAUGACAGUGGUGACAUACUGCGGCGGGCGAACCGCAGCGCCCUUGUAGAGGCUGCGAAGACUGCACUGGGCGACGUUUGGCUUGUUACUGCGGACGGCGGCCUGGAUUGCAGCGAACAUCCUGCAGAUCAAGAGGAAACGCUGGCAGCGUUGAAGUUAGCAGAAGCCGUUACAGCUCUGCGAAUUUUAACGAAAGGAGGAAAUUUUGUGCUUAAGAUUUUCACAACAUUUCUAUGGAAAACCUGCGUACUCUUGAGAAUUUUGUGUGGAUGCUUUUUAAAGGUAAAUCUUUACAAGCCACCAACGAGCAAAUCUGGCAAUUCUGAAACAUAUGUCGUAUGCCUGGAUUUUUGUGGCGAUUGCAAUAGUGUUGACAGCAUAAAUUAUUUACUUGAUCUCGAAGCAUCUGAUCUUCCCUCGGAGUACAUGCAUUCCAUCGUCGGCGAUGAAUUUGUGCAAGAAUUGGACACCGUUUCGCAGUUAUUUGCGCAGUUCCAGUCCGAAGCGAUUCGGACAAAUUUGGCGGUUUAUUCCACCUCGGGGAACAGAAGACAGCGAACAUGCUUUCACCGCGCUAAGCAGCAGUUUUCACAGCAGUUUUUACUGCGCGCUCCAGUUCCACCAUUGUCGAAAGAAAAUAAACUGUUAACUGUAGAGGACGCUUCUGUCGAAGAUACAGUGUAGUAAAUCGUACGUACUCGUAAUAAGUUUAAUCCCAAUAGAAACAUGUGCGAUGGCGAAAAUUAUUCAAAGCAAAAAUCUUGGGCAGAUCGGAAGCAGUUUAAACUAGGCACCUAUUGCAGAAGCGG